UACUAUCUCAGCUUCAUCUCCUUGGCCAUGUUCACCUACGUCAGUCGAGUUUGGCGACGUCAAAUGCGCACACUCUACUUGGCACGGUUUGAUGCAAGAGUCUGCAAUGUGAUCACGUACCUGUCCACCAGCGCCGUCAAAGCGACCUGA